CCUCUAAACCUUAGGCGAACAGAGAAGGACAUCUAGGAAGCUAAGACCACCUCGUUACGCCGCACCCGAGAUGUCGGCGGAGGCUCUGUCCGCCUCCGCUCGCACCGCAGAGAAGAUGAGUCUACCGGCGCUGCAGUUGAAGAUGAAGUGCGAUCCUGAAGGGUACGAAACGGAGCUUACCAUCCUCUACAACCAAUUCAAAUCAUCCCUCGAAUUCUUUGAGCAACAGGUCGCUCUAAGCUUCACCUCCAUCAGCGGUAUUGGUAGCGACCCUACCGUCGCGAAGGAGCUAGGAGACCGAGCCAUGUUCCUGGCACACGUCACCCCGUUUUACCCUAAACAGCUUUCGCAGUUCCCUAAACAACUGGCCGAUUUCCUUCUAUCUGCCGCCCAGAUGCUACCAUCGUCGCUCCGGUGCCACAUAGCACAAGCUUUGAUUCUCCUCAUUAAUCGCAAGGACUUGUUGCCUGCGAAAAUUCGUCCUCUCCUCUCUCAAAAGGAUUAGCCUAGAAAUUUUUAGCAAUUCCAAGGAAGUCUGCAUCAGGAGAGUAUUCUUUUUCUUUUCCUCUUUACUUAUUUUUAAACAUUGAGGACAAUGUUUAAUUUAAGUGUGAGAGUGAGAAAUCUAAUAUUUUUUAUAUUUUGCUUGAUUGCUUGAAAAUUAAAAAAUAUAUAUAAUAUGCGUGAAAGAUAAUUUUCUUUAGAAAAAUGUUUUAUUUUCAUGUCUAGGCCAAUUUCAUGUUUUCUAUAUUAACUUUGGUUUAGUGCAUAGUUAAUUCAAGAUUGAAAAUUGUUCUGUUUGAUUAUCGAUUCUAGAUUUAGCAGUGUUAAGGAAAAAUAAUUGAUUAUGCCGGAUUAUUAUGAUUGUUGAAAUAUAUGCUUCUUGACAUAACUCAUGGGACUUUAUGAUUAUGCAUGAUUGAUUAUGUGAGAAUAUUAUUGUGAUUAUUUCUUAAAACUAGGCUUAAACAGAGUUAAAGUAAAAAGGGAUGAUAAAAAAAAUAUUAUUACUAUAUAUCUACUCUUAUAUUUUGAGUUGGUCAGUAGUAAUUGGGGGGUUGACAAUAUGCUUCUGCAUCAUCCUUCACGCCAAACGAUAGUUCAAAAUAUACGUAUGCAAAUGCAUUUUAAGCAAUUAUUUAGGGAAAUAACCGGUUGUCUUCAUCACAAAAUGUCAACAUUCGCGUCAAAAGCCAAGUAAUGCUUAGGAAAGAAUAAAUAAAUAUAUAUAUAAACUUGAAAAAAAAAAAAACUCAUCCCUUUUGCUCCUUAUGUUUGUAAUAGUGGAGAUAGUGAUUAAAAAAAACUAUUGCAUGAUUUAAUUGUGUUGGUUGCAAGGUUUCAUGAAUUAAUUUUGAAGUAUACAUGGCAGCAAAAGCAAUGAUUUUGCAUAAUUAAGUAUUUCAAUUAAUGUUGCUGGAUUUAGAAUUAAUAUGAAAAUAUAGAUGGUAAUCAAUUUCGUGAUUAAUUAUGCAUUGACAGGUUGUUGGAUUUCUUGAUUUUGGCCUAGUGUGAAAAUAAAAUAUUUACUAUUUUUUCUUCUCUGCUUUGCUUGAGGACAAACAAAAGGUUAAAUGUGGGGGUAUUUGAUAGAGCUUAAUUUUAUUUACAUUUUUAUCUAAUUUUUAUCUUAAUCUUAUGCUAUUUUUUCUACUUAAAAUAUGUACUAUAUGGAUUUUAUAUAAUUUGAAUCUCUUUUUGUAGGAAGUAAGCAAAGGAAAUUAAUUUCAAGAAUUUGGGUAAAAAAAAUAUAUUAUAAAUUUAUUUGUAAUGUUAAUGUUAAAUUAAUGUUAUGAAUGAAUAUUAUAAUAUAAUUAAGAAAUUAUUGAUUAAAUUGAAGGAGACGACGCAAUUAGAGGAAUUAAGGAAGGAAUUGCAUUUGAAGUGGGAAUUGGAGUAGAGGACCAUGCGCUGUACAAUUGAAAAAGAAAUCAAGUGGAGAAUGGGUCUUGCUAUACUUAUAUAUAUAAUAAUAUAAUAAUGCAAAUGAGUGACGUGGUGAAGAAGUCGAAUUCAAAUUAGAAUUGAGAUUAGAGGAGGUUACUUGAUGUUUAUAUAAUAUUAUAAUGAAUAGGAAGAGGAAUCAAAGGCUUUUUAUAUAAUAUUAUAAAACAAGAAGAAUUGGAGCUACAACGGCUCAGCUGCCACUUGAUUGCUCCAAUUCUUUUGGUUUUAUAAUAUUAUAUAAAAAGCAUUUAAUUUCUUCUCCCAUUCAUUAUAAUAUUAUAUAAACAUCAAGUGGCCUCCCCCAAUACCAAUUUGAAUUGGACUUCUUCACGGCUUCACUGCUUUGCAUUAUUAUCUUAUUUUAUAUUUAUAUAAUAAAAUAGAACGAUUUUUAAAAACAUUUAAAAUGUAUCUCUGAUACAUUUUAAUUCUAUGAUUGAGAUGAGUUUUGAAUGUUAGUCAAGAACUGAGAUGAAUUAGACUUCCCGCCUAGCUUUUCUCUCUCUCCCACUCCCUCA